AUGCAAUGUUAUCCUUGUCGCGGAUGCUACCAGCAAGAUGCACCAUUCUUUUAUCCGAAACUAUCCACCACCUAUGAAGACCUAGAUUAUGAAACAGAAUUCUGUCAACAUUUGAAGAACAAGAAGCGUGGGUUUUUUGGGCUCUGCAACUAUACUUACUCUUACAAAGAUGGGUCCUAUUCAUCUGGAAUCUUAAGUAAAGAGACCUUAUACUUGGACUCUACAAGAGAUGAAAAGAAUGAUUUCCAUAAAUUCGUGUUUGGUUGUGGUCAUGGUAAUAAUGGUCGUUUCAGUAGUCGUACACAAGGUGUUGUUGGCCUCGGCGGAGGGCCAUUAUCAUUAACUUCUCAACUAAAAACACAAAUCGAACACAAAUUCUCGUAUUGUUUGGUUCCAGUUGAAGCACAAACUACCAGCAAGCUCAUAUUUGGACCAAGAGCUGAGAUAUCUGGAGAAGGAGUAGUUUCAACUCCACUUGUAUCCACAUGUGAGCCAACUUUCUAUUGUAUUGUUCUUGAAAGCAUUAGUAUUGGAACAGAAAGAAUGACAAUAGGCCAAAGCCAUCGUCGUAUCAUAGGCCCAAGCCAGCAUCAUAUCAUGGUAGAUUCUGGGACGACCUUCACACUGUUGCAUUCAACCGUGUAUGAUAAGUUAGAAGCUAUGGUUAAGAAGACAAUUGGUAAUAGUACCAACCCAGUACCAGAUCCAACAAAAUUGUUUCGUUUAUGCUAUGAAAAACACUCUGUUGCAGGUGUCAAGAUUCCAAACAUGGUAUUCCAUUUUACUGGUGCAGAUCUUCAUUUACCACUCAAAAAUACGUUUGCCAACUACAAUAAUAUGUAUUGUAUGAUGAUACUUCCUACUCCUGAUCGUCUUUCUAUUCUUGGAAGCAUGUCACAAGUUAACUUUCUGGUAGAGUAUGAUCUUCUACAUAGGAAAAUAUCUUUUGUUCCAGCAAACUGCAACAGUUUGGGCUGA